UUCUCAAACUUUCAACCUAUUCUCGAUUCCUCCUUCCUCAAUUCAUCGAUCACGCUCCUUCCCCAGUCACCAACGUUCUCGUAGCUAGAGACUUAAUGGAGGGACAUUCUAGUCGGAAGCCUAACGAACAAGGCGGAGACUCUCUUGCUAGUGAUUGGAGAUCACAACAUGAGCCUGAUCUACGUAAGAGAGUUGCUCUAGCAAUAGUGGAGAAGUUGAAGAUCUUUUUUCCUAGACAUAAUACAGAUAGUAUUAAAAAGACCGCUUGUACAUUUGAGCAUAAGAUCUAUGGCAUGGCGAAAGAUAAGAAUGAUUACUUGCGGAAAAUCCAUGAAAUGAUAAUUGCUACCGAAAAAAAAUUCAGAACUGGUGGUACUUCAGCCAAUGGAGCUAAUACUCCAGAUCAAGCAGCUCAAGCUCUGAAUCAAGGACAAUCACUUCCCACCUCGUCGGCAUAUGCACAGACUCCAACAAGCCAACGAUGCUUAUCUGAAAGCAACAUUCCUGAAUCUUCUGGUUUGCCCACUCAGCCUCCUAUGACCGUUUCUGCUGCGUCUCAGAAUCUAAACAUUCAAAUGGGUGAAGGAGUUGAAUCAAAUCUUGGUCCCGGUCCUCAAAGACAGAUUCAAGGAAGGCAACAGCUUCUUCAGAAGCCUCAAAAGCAGCAACAGAGUUCCAACACCAUGUACCAGCAUCAGAUGGAUCAACAGCUUCUGAAAGGGAAAAUCCAUCACGGGAAUCACCAGCCGCAGCAGCAUCACCAGCAAAUGCCUCAUCAUAGAUCAUUGUCUCCUAUUGAGCGGUCUUUUCCUCAGUCUUCUGCUCUUUCUAGUCAUCCACAGAAGAUGGCUGUGCCGUCCCAGCAACAUAAAAUACUAGAACGGAAGCAUCACAUUAGUCAACUGAUGAAUGGUCAAGACACCCAGCAGACUCAUCUAACAUCGCAACAAAGCAAUGGGGAGAAACAACGGACCUCCCAGCAGAACAGUAUGGCUAGCUUUAAUGUGCAUGGAUCAAGUUUAUUUGGUACUCAAGGCCAAGAGGUGAAGCGGUCUCAAUCAAUGAUGCUACAACAUUCGAAUAAUACACAAAGGUUUCAAACAGCAGGUUCUAUGCACCAAAGCCAGAACCUAGCAGCCCAACAGAAACAGCCAUAUCAAUUUCAGACAGCCCAGCCGGCAAAUCCAUCUAUCUCUCAAGAUUCUAAAGGCAAGAUGUUAAACAUCAGUGGUGGUGACUGGCGAGAAGAGACCUAUCAGAAGAUAAAAGCUCUCAAAGAGGAGCAUUCAAUUCUUCUGAAUACAAUGUUACAAAGAUUAUCUGAAAAUUUGCAAGCGAUUGAUUCUAUUCCUGAACAGAAGAUGGCAUAUGAGCCUCAUGCUAAAAAUCUAAGGGCAGGCAAAGCGGCGUUGGAACAAGUUCUUGCGUUCUUAAAUGUCAGUAGGGGCAGUGUAUCAGAGAGGCUCAGAGAUAAGUUUAGCGUAUAUGAGAGACAGAUAUUGAAAUUUGUCAAGUCUCAGAGGGAAUGGCAGCAGCAACAAGUGCAUCUCCAUCCUUCUCAGACUCAUCAAACAUCAUUACAAUCUCAAAGUGGUCAAGUCCAUGUGCCACAGUCCCUUGACAGCGUUCAAAUGAAUUCAAGUUUGAUGCCAAAUCACCAAAACGGGCCCUUAUCUUGUUCAGUAUCUUCUCUUAAGACAUCAAGGGGGAGUUAUUCGUCGCAGACAAGGCCUAUGAGGGAACCAAAAGAUGACAACAACAUUAUGUCGUCCUCAUCAGGAAAUGCCGUGGUACAACAUUCUCUUGAACAGAGUCCACAGCUGGUCACACACUCGAACCAGGAGAGGCGGCAGCAGCAGCAGCUUCAGCAACAUCUCUCAUCGAGUCAGCGCCACCUUCCAAAGCCAAGUGCUUCUCCAGCACGUGUGUCUGACAUGUCUCCAUCAGCUUCAUCACCUCAGGUGCAGAACUACCAUUCUCCUCAUCAGCUGGUGGAGCAGCAGACUCUUCCUACACCAUUUAACAAAACAGAAUCUCAGGAGCAUCCUCCUCUGGUUACUCCUACUCCUGAGCCAAUCACAGAGCGGCCUAUUGAUCGUCUGAUAAAAGCGAUUCAAUCAUCAUCACGUGAAUCUUUGGCACAAUCAGCAAGUGAGAUGAGCUCGGUCAUCAGCAUGAGUGACAGGUUUGCUGGUUCGAUCCACUCCACCAGAGGAUUUAGAGCUAGUGUAGCCGAGGAUUUGAGUGAGAGGACAAGGCUCCGUUUGCAACAAGGCAAUACCAAGAGAUUUAAGCGCUCAUUCACCACUAUGCCUCUAGAUAUCACCACAUCACAAUCUGACAGCUACAAACAGUUCAGUGUCGACAAGAUCGAGCCUAGUCAUGCCCUCCUGCAAGAGAUCACUGAAAUAAAUGGGAGGCUUUUAGAGACAGUGGUGAGUAUAUGCAAUGACGAUGUCCGUCCAAGGGAAGUCAAUUUAGGAUUAACAGUCGUCACGUGUGCUUAUGUCCCUGUGGCUCUCAGUCCCACAUUCAAAGCUCUUUACGAUUCAGGACAUAUCUCACAGAUUCAGCCGUUACGUUUACUAGCUCCUCAGAAUUAUCCAAAUUCCCCAAUACUUCUAGAUAACGUCCUUUUUGACAGCGCCAGUGAGGAUUUAUCUUCGAGAGCUAGAUCGAGGUUCAGUUUGGCCAUGACGAAAUACUCAGAACCAGUGUUACUUAAAGAAAUAGCUAAAGUUUGGGAUGAGUGUGCGAGAGCUGCAAUGCUCGAGUACGCUGAAAGGCGUGGUGGAGGCACUUUCAGCUCCAAGUAUGGUCGUUGGGAGUCUGUUCUGAGAGCUUCAUGAGCUUUUUUAAAUACCUUUUGUACAGAGGUUGAAAACUUUUAAAAGCCUCAAGUUAAGGUUUUCUUAUUUGCCUUGCGGUAGAAGAAACAUCAAUAUGUGUAUUGUUCUUG